CCUUGCCAUUCUCUCAUCAUUACAAACCUUCUUCAUUUCCACCACCCACGUACAUUACGAUAUCAGGUUCCUCCUAGAACCCAAAAGAGGAACAACAAAGAGAACUCCAUGGCUUCAUCGUUUCAUUCCAAGAUGAUGGCCUUCUCCCUUCUUCUCUCCCUGUUCCUCCGCAUCCCAUCCACCUCAGCGGGAGUGACAUGCGAGGAUUUGCCGCAGGACCUGUGCGCGUUUGCGAUAUCGUCGUCGUCGAAGAGGUGCGUGCUGGAGAGCACCCAGCACAGCGGGCGGCCGACCGAGUACCAGUGCCGGACGUCGGAGGUGGUGGUGGCGCGGAUGUCCAAUUGGAUCGAGACCGACGAAUGCGUGAAAGCGUGCGGCGUGGACCGUAACUCCGUCGGGAUCUCGUCCGACUCGCUCCUCGAGCCGCAGUUCACCGAGAAACUCUGCUCUCCGGCGUGCCACGAGAACUGCCCCAACAUCAUCGAUCUCUACUUCAACCUCGCCGCCGGCGAAGGUGUGCUCCUGCCUGAAUUGUGCGAGGCUCGGCGGGUGAAUCCUCAUCGGUCGAUGAUGACGAUUCUCAGCUCUGGUGUCGCAGCAGGCCCCGCUGCCGGUGGAGGGGAUGUGAGUAAAUUGGAUGUAGCAGCUGCACCAGCUUCCAUGGCUUCACCCCCUGCUUCAGCUUGAUUUCAUUUCUUUUAUUUCAUACAUAGAUUAUGUGUUCUGGAGAGAAAAAAAAAACCCUACAGAUUACCUGGGAUUCUUUGUUUACUCCGUAUAUACGAGUUUGUAUACAUUCUUGAGGUUUUAUUAGUUGUUCAAAUGAUGGUGUUUUAGUUUGUUGAUGAGAUAAUAAUAAGCACUUACAGUCUUCACACAAUA